AUGGCCGCAAACUAUUGGGAAUCUACGCAGCGGCGACACUGGAAGUUUACGCGACCUCAACUUCAGCAGCUACGCAAAAAUCUGGAAGAUAAGGAACCCAAACUUGUGCAGAUAUACCCGUUGCCCGAAAUGCGACACCUCAGCAUCUACUUCAAUCAGCAAGUAAUCCGCCUCGGAAAGCGGCUGGGUAUUCGCCAACAAGCCAUGGCCACGGCACAACUGUAUAUCCGCCGUUUUUACUGUAAGGUCGAGAUUCGAUGUACCAAUCCAUAUUUAGUGAUUGCAACCGCUACGUAUUUAGCCUGCAAGAUGGAAGAAUGCCCGCAUCACAUUAGACUAGUUGUCAGUGAGGGACGUACACUGUGGCCGGAAUACUUUAGUAACGAUACGUCGAAGUUGGGGGAAUGCGAAUUCUUUCUCAUAUCUGAAAUGACUUCUCAAAUGAUCAUUCAUCACCCCUACCGAAGCCUCAACUCUCUCCAGGGAACCUUUUCCCUCAGCCAAGACGAAUCCACGCUGGCCUGGACCAUCGUUAAUGAUCACUAUAUGACCGAUCUUCCCUUGAUGUUUGCCCCACAUACAGUAGCAGUGGUAGCGAUCCUCCUUGCGCUCGUUCUUCGUCCUUCAGCAGGUGGUCCAGCGUACGGGAGUGGAAAUCUGGCUAACGCUGCAAAUGGAAUCCUAAAGACUGUGAAGCAGGAGAAGCUUGACGGCGAUAAGAAUUCUGGUGGCGGUCGAAACAAGCUGGCCCGACUUGUCAGCUGGCUGGCAGAGAGUGAUGUAAAUAUUGAAGACAUUAUCGAUUGUACUCAGGAGAUGAUCUCUUUCUACGAAUUUCAUGAACAAUAUAAUGAAAAGCUUACGAGGGAGCAGAUUAACCGAUUCGUUAAGGCUCGAGGGCUCGACAAGUAA